AUAUGUUGGAUUCAAGAUCAUACAACUCAUUUCCAUUAGCAAGUAAUGAAACGCAGGAUGAAAAUCACGCAUUUUCACCUGGUGUUAUUGACAAUUCCUUCAGUUUUUCAGAAAAAGCCAUUCGUAUGGCAUUUAUAAGAAAGGUGUAUGCCAUCCUAAUGGUGCAACUAACUGUCACGAUGGGUUGCAUUGCCGUGUUUGUAUUUGUUCAACCCAUCGCCUGUUACUCAAAAACGCAUCCGCAAUUGAUGAUAGGCGCUUUGGUUAUGUCCAUCGUCCUGUUAAUCACUUUGGUAUGCUACAGCGAUUUUAGACGACGAUGGCCUUUGAAUUUUAUUAUGCUCGGAUCCUUCACGUUAUGCGAAGGCUUUUUACUCGGCACUUUAUCGUCGCAUUACGAAACCAAAGAAGUGCUCAUAGCUGCGGGUAUUUGCACAGCUGUUUGUUUAGCUCUGACUCUCUUCUCUAUCCAGACCAAAUGGGAUUUCACGGCGAUGGGAGGAAUCCUGUUAGCGUUAGUCGUUGUCUUGUUGAUUGCAGGCAUCUUUGCAAUUUUCAUGCGCGGACAAAUCGCGCAAUUAAUUUACGCUUCUUUAGGAGCAUUAGUUUUCAGUGCGUAUUUAGUCUUCGAUACCCAGUUGAUGCUCGGCGGCAAACACAAGUACUCCAUCUCUCCCGAGGAGUACAUCUUUGCUGCACUCAAUCUUUAUUUGGAUAUUGUUAACAUUUUUAUCUACAUUUUGGCUAUAUUCGGCGGCUCUAAAUAAUCGAACAGCUUUCCGUUAAUAAUAGUUUAUUAUA